AGCAGCCAUUUUGUGGUGUCGUAGUUAACUUGAUUGUUCUUCAUUAAAAUUCGUCUAUUUUACAUGGAAGUAUUACUUUUUGUUGUGGUUUGAAAAUUAAUCAUAACAAUAAACAAGUUUGGAAAGUUAUAUUAAUAUUAAAUUAAUUAACCUAAAAUGGAGCAAGAUGUGGAUAAUGGCUAUAGAACUGUUUGCAGCGCUUGCCUAAGUAGCGAUCGGGAUUUAUUUUCUAUAUGUAAUUUACAACAUGUUUACGAAAUGUUUAGGUUGCUUACAUAUGAUUUCCCGGUAGACAGGGUAAUUGAAAAUAAAACAUAUAUGCAGCAACUGGUCUGUUGGGAAUGUCUGGCAAUCCUAAAAAGAUUUGCUCGGUUCAAGAAGCAGGUUCAUAAUGCUCAGGAACAUCUCCGUGUUCUCGCCAUAAGCAGCACACAAGAGAGUAUGGAUCACACAUACAUGUCUCAAUCCCUGUCUUCCCUCGAGAUGCUUACCAAAGUGGAUUAUGACAAGAUAUAUUUGGAGUACGCACAAGAAACGGAGUGGCCCCAGGAUUUCAUGUCUAUAGCGACAAUACACGACGUCAAAAGCGAGCAGUACGAUGUGGCGCAGGCUGUGCGGGACAAUAUCAACUUGGAUAUUGACGACCAUAUGCUGGAAGUGCCGGAGAUAGUGCUGGAGAAUCCGGUAACGGGCGUGAUGUCGCAUAUAGUGGUCGGCAGCGACGCCCUGGUCUCCCGUCCCGAUAUGUACGACAAAGAAGAAACCUCGAUGGUUGUGGAAACACUGACGUCGCCGAAAGUACAAUCAAUGAUCGCGGUUUGUCGUAAGUCGCCCGGCGACGACGAGAGGGGAAUAAAGUCGGGAUAUGUCACAGAGUAUAUGACAGAGGCGGAAAUGUUAGCGUACAGAGAAGAGGCAAAACUAAAACUACAGUACGCUAGUUCGGUUUACAAAUGUGAAUUGUGCAUAAUUGGGUUUUACUCUGAACAACAAGUAGAGGAUCACUUUGUAAGCGCACAUAGAGUGAAACCAGGCCGCGUGCCCUGCAAAGUAUGCUAUGUGUACGUGGAUGAAGGGAAGCUGUCGAGCCACGUGGACGAGCAUUACCUGCGACGCACGUGUAGACUGUGCGGUCACACCGAGUACAGCACCAAACUGAUGCAGCUACAUAUGAACAAACACACCACCAAACAAGUGCCCAACACUGUCAUCAAGAUCGGAGACAGCCCGUCUGCUACUGGCAAGGGUCGAAAGAAGAAAGAAUCUAAAGGCAAGACACCACGACAGGGUGAUUUAAGGAAACUUCUGUCUAAGACGACGAUAGAGGGGUACCAGUGCUUGGAGUGUGACAUGUUCUUCAAAAAUUCACGUGCGCGCAAAAAUCACGUGGCAAGGUUCCAUCGGGAAGGGCUACAGUGCGACCACUGCAAGAAACGAUUCGUCAACCGAACCACGCUCGCCACACAUCUACGGUUGCAUGAGGGUCCACUCCCGCGGUCCGAGUGCCCCAUCUGUCACAAGAUGGUGCGCGUCAUCCAACUGAAGUACCACAUACGGAGACACGAGAACAAGAGUCGUUAUGAAUGUACGGACUGCAACAAAGUGUUCUCGCACCUCACCACGUACCAGGCGCAUCUCAAGUUCAGCAGGGCGCACGCGUCCGAUCAGGUUUUCAAAUUUCCGUGUCCAAUGUGCAACAAGGGGUAUCCCACGAAAGAAGCCAUGCAAGACCACUUUAACUACCAACAUUUGGGGAAAACGGCGCAUAAAUGUCCCGUUUGUGAUAAGCCAAUCGCGUCGCGGGCAUACGUGGAGAAGCAUAUGAUGCGCGUCCACUCGGAAAAGAAGGAGAAGCCGAGGAAUCACGUGUGUCAAACUUGCGGCAAAGCGUUUACGGACAAGAAGGCGCUGACCCAACAUGAAGUAAUACACUCGAGCGAUCGCCCGCUAUCGUGCGACAUUUGUCAACAGUCGUUCAAACAGAAAGCGUCGUUGUACACGCACCGGAAACGGGUUCACAAAGUGUAUCCGGUGAAGCGAGUUGUCGAGUUCAUGGACUCUACAAAACAAGAGCAAUAGAGGUCAAGACUCCAUUAGAUUUAAUGUCAUCAUCACAACAUAAUAAAGUAUUAACGUUGGGUAUAAGGUAAACUUUCCAUUAUGUCACAUGAGUUUCAUAAUUUUAUGAGUCAUGUCACAUGAGUUUCAUUAUUACUCGAGUUAUGUUACACGAGUUUCAUAAUUAAGUGCAUUACACACGAAUUCUUAUUGAUUGCCCAUCCAAUUCAAACGGGGAUCUAAAUUACGACGGCCUGAGCCGAUGUUCGAAACCCUAGCGGUGCUCUCAGACUACAGUCGUCAGGAGAGAGUUGGCCUUCUGCCGCUCCAUAAGUCCUUCCUUUGGUUUGGAGUGCCAUCUGCACUCGCCCCCUAUCGUUCGAUGAAGCUAAAGGCCAGCUGCGGCCAACAGCAUUAGAAUAGUUUCAAACACAUUACAAUUUCUUGAC